GAGUCGAAUGAUUACAGUGUAUCUAUGUAUUGCUUUGGAGAGGACACAUCGGAACUGCGGGAGGCGCUAAUGACGACGAGCAGGAUAAACUGGGGCUCACCAGAAACGACGAUUGUGUUCACGGCAAUCCCAGAGAGGCUGCUGUCCGUCCUGGAGCAGUGCCUCUCGCAUCAUGAUUUUAGAAUCGUACAAACCGAAAAGAGCCUCUAUAAUUGGAAAACUCCCGAUCAACUUAAGACCUGCAACUAUUCGUGUCCUCCGGACGUCGAACUAGCACCUUUGGGCCUAGAAUCAGCAGAGUUGGUCAGGAAAUAUUGGCACAAUCUUCCUGGCGCUUCCGAGUACAUAGAAACGCUCAUCAAGCACAACGUUACUUUGGGCGUCUAUUCGUGCUCCACCGGCGAACUGUGCGCCUGGGUGUUAUGCAACCAGUUCUAUGCGUUUACCAUGAUGCACACGAUGGAAGGACAUAGACGGAAAGGCUACGCACAACUCCUUUGCAACGCCUUGAGCGAGCGACUUCUUCGCUCAGGUGUCAUCGUCAGAGCUGUGACGAUGGCUUACAAUAAACCCUCACUGAGCCUCUUUAAGGCACACCAGUUUAAAUCGAGCCAGGAACUCUUCGUGUAUACCCUUGCGAUGCCAUUGCGUACAGAAAAUUGUCAACAAUACGAAUUGUAGCGACACACCGAAAAAAAAAUAAAAUGCAGUUUUAGAAUGUAUAUGAUCUCAAAAGUGUAUUUGGUCACCCUAGUUGCUGGCUGACUGUCUCCGUUAACUUUACAUCAUAGGUAUACAAAGUUCACCACGAGGAUAGUCAAGCCAGCAUCCUGGGAUUGUACCCACUACAUUACUUUUUAAUAUCCCAGAUGCUAAAGUAGCAUAUUAUUUUUCUCGAUGCGCCGAACAGUCCUGAGACGUAGACAAGGAGAGACAAAGCUUUUCUCCCUCCUCAAACCUUCUCCCAAAACCUUAAGAGCACCCAUCCCCCCUAUCUGGAAAAACUGUUGGCCAAGCCUCAUAUGAACACACUGAGUUAUGAGAUAUUUAAGGGCGUUUUCACGCAGCCAUACCUAGAGUGUGCCUCUCAUCUGUACUUUUAAUAAUACUUCAUCAUUGCUUUUAAUGAAAUAAUUAUACACUUUUGAACAUUC